UCUAUUUUGUGUCAUUUGGUAAGGCUCGUUACAAGUACCCUUUGUUAAAGCUAAGUAUUAAUAAAUAAAUAUAGUUCAAAAGGGCAAUUACACAGUUGGUAUGGUCCUAUGACCUCCGCUUGAGCAGCCUGAUACCAGUAACCGAAGCUAAACAACGGCAUCAUGGUGAACUUCGCAGCGAUGGUGCGUGAGCACUGGGUGAAUGUCCUGGUCCCACUGGGCUUUGUCAUAGGCAUCUACCUGGACAGGUGGAACGAUCAGAAACUGACAGCAUUCAGGAACAAGAGCGCCUUGUACAGCAGGGAACUGAAGCCUGGUGAGGAAUACACCUGGAAGUGAAAUCCUCCUCGUGUUUAUUGGACUUCCUGCUCUCUUAAUUUCAUCUUUGUCGUCAUCCAAGCUGUAAAUGUGUUUUCAAUAACAUUGGUCAUGUAAAAUAUACUGAUACAAAAAAACCCCCCCACUGUUUUUGUACUACUUUCUCUUGCCCUUUGCCAGACAUCAUUUGUGUUUUUAGUUCAAUUCGUGAACCUUACUGCGGAAAAGCAUUGGAAUAAUACCUUGCACGUUUAAAAUUUAACCAUGCUCAUUCCAAGUUGUUUCAUACAAUAGUCAACCACAUAGCUGUAUAACCGCUACAGUCUGAAGUGCAUACACGUAUGUUCCAUCAUUCAUGUUUUUGCAAAAGACCGAUGCCUAGCUUGUCCAGGUACCGAGACACUUGCAAAUCAUUAUUGGUUCAAAUGUCACAGCGAACACUUUUUCCUUUACAGAUAUUUGUACAUCUGAAUCACAAUCUUAGACGAGAAUAUUCUGAUAUAUAAUUCUACAUCACAGGUGAACAUGCAUUUUAAUAAUGAGUCACAAAAGUUGAAGUUCUGCUGAAGUUCAAAUUGUUUACUGCUAGAUAUCAAUCCCUUUAAUCCUGAUCACAAUUUUUCCCAAAACCAAGAAAAGUGGAAAAAAGGACUUGUUCUGGACAAUUAUGGUGAACAGAUGAAAUUCACUUUGUGGUCAAAGGUUCGGAUGUGUGGAUCAGUCCUUUUGCAAACAACAUCUCUGCCAAGGACACCUGCAGAACGACAGUCACACGCAGAGAACAUUAACAACGCUGACUUUGUUUACACAUGGAUUAUAUGAAUCAUAUAUUUAAAACAGUGAUUUGAAAAACAUUAGUGAGAUUAAAAGUGGCAAA